GCCUCGCCCUGCUUGUGCGGGCCGCACUGGCUCUACUACGCGCGCGCUGCCGGGCUGCGGGGGCAGGUCGGCCGGGAGGACGAAGGAAUGCCGCUUCGAUACCGCACGCCACGGGCCCACCGGCGGGGCCCGCCGCCCGCUCGGCGGCGGACCGGCUUUUGCUGGCUGGCCCCGGCCGUGCUCCAGGCCUCACCCUGCUUGUGCGGGCCGCGCUGGCUCUACCUCUACCACGCGCGCGCUGCCGGGCUGCAAAGCCGUUCGGCAGGGAGAACGAAGGAGCAGUGGGGAUCACCAGUGGAUUACCUGGUGAGGUACCCCAAGCCCCUGCAAACGGUACGUCAGUCCACGGGCCCACCGGCGGGGCCCGCCGCCCGCUCGGCGGCGGACCGGCUUUUGCUGGCUGGCCCCGGCCGUGCUCCAGACCUCACCCUGCUUGUGCGGGCCGCGCUGGCUCUACCUCUACCACGCGCGCGCUGCCGGGCUGCAAAGCCGUUCGGCAGGGAGAACGAAGGAGCAGUGGGGAUCACCAGUGGAUUACCUGGUGAGGUACCCCCAAGCCCCUGCAAACGGUACGUCAGUCCACGGGCCCACCGGCGGGGCCCGCCGCCCGCUCGGCGGCGGACCGGCUUUUGCUGGCUGGCCCCGGCCGUGCUCCAGACCUCACCCUGCUUGUGCGGGCCGCGCUGGCUCUACCACGCGCGCGCUGCCGGGCUGCAAAGCCGUUCGGCAGGGAGAACGAAGGAGCAGUGGGGAUCACCAGUGGAUUACCUGGUGAGGUACCCCCAAGCCCCUGCAAACGGUACGGGGGGCCCACGGCGGGGCCCGCCGCCCGCUCGGCGUCCACGGGCCCACCGGCGGGGCCCGCCGCCCGCUCGGCGGCGGACCGGCUUUUGCUGGCUGGCCCCGGCCGUGCUCCAGACCUCACCCUGCUUGUGCGGGCCGCGCUGGCUCUACCACGCGCGCGCUGCCGGGCUGCAAAGCCGUUCGGCAGGGAGAACGAAGGAGCAGUGGGGAUCACCAGUGGAUUACCUGGUGAGGUACCCCCAAGCCCCUGCAAACGGUACGUCAGUCCACGGGCCCACCGGCGGGGCCCGCCGCCCGCUCGGCGGCGGACCGGCUUUUGCUGGCUGGCCCCGGCCGUGCUCCAGACCUCACCCUGCUUGUGCGGGCCGCGCUGGCUCUACCACGCGCGCGCUGCCGGGCUGCAAAGCCGUUCGGCAGGGAGAACGAAGGAGCAGUGGGGAUCACCAGUGGCAGGGGCUUGGCACCUGGAUACCGAAGCUCUGGCUGCCAAACAACGCUGGCGGGUGCAGCAGAAAUCGCCCUCGUGGCGUCGCGCGCCGAAACACCGGCCCAUUUGGACUGAAGCGGGUCCCCCAGCUGAUGCCGAUCCCGCCGAAAAGCAUGAGACAAAGGACGUGA